AUGAAAACCAUAGGUUAUAAUCCAUCGUUGUCUACAGAUAAUGGUCUUGUGAAUGUUGAUUAUCCCCUUAAAUAUGAAUCUGGAGGAGUGAAAUGUUUGGGAUAUUGUGAUGGAUUGGUUUGGUUUGUGUACGAGCGACGGCUUGGGACAGGUCAUGUUUGCAUUUGGAAUCCGGCUACAAAUGAAUAUAAGGAAUUACCGGUGGCACCAACUGAGUCACUAAACGUAAACGGCAUGAGACGUUUUGAGUAUGGAUUUGGCAUGAGACGUUUUGAAUAUGGUUUGGUUAUGCUUACGAGAUUGAAGAUUUCAAAGUGGAUUGUUGAACGUACCACAGGUGCUUUGAGUGUUAUCAUUUCUUUUGAUUUAGCACAAGUGAUCAUCCAAGAGAUAGGAUUGCCUAACUUGACAGAUAAAAUGUACGGAAGAAGUCUGUGUGUGUUAGAUGGGUCUCUAUGCGUAUUAGGCAAUGAUGAUGAAGUGUGGGAGUUUAAGAACUACGAAACAGAAGACUCUUGGACUAAACUUUUCAGAAUUCGCCCGGAACAUAUUUUUGGAUUCAAAGCAUAUUUGACGCCCUUAAAUAAAUUAGGGAAUGGUAAUAUUCUACUAGGACUUCAUACGGUUAACGCUAGUUUUCAUUUGAUUAUGUAUGGUCCAAAACAGGAAACAUUUAAUAUCAAGUUCUAUGAGGAAGUGGGUUGUCACCAUUUUUACACUUCUAUUUAUGUGGAGAGCCUGGUUUCCCUGAACUCCGGUGCUUAUAUAUCUGCGAAAACUGUAAAAGAAAGUCAUGAAAAAAGAGAACAAUGGGUACAGUGUAUACAAAUACAAGAUGUGAAUGAAAAUGACUACUUCAGCGGCGGUGAUGAUGCUGAUGAUGCCAGUGAUAGUGAUGAACAAGAGUAA